GCGACACGUUGCUAUGGAAUCCGCGUCACUCGCGCAACACAACAGAGCGAGUGAAACUUCACAGAUUUAAAGUCUUGAAGGUUCAAAACAAAACACCAACAUCAAAUGUAAAGACGGCUUUUUCAGUGGUAGCUAAUUUGAGAUACAAGAACACGCUCAUGAGUCAACCAGAGGGAUGGAGCACUUCUCCAUCUGGUGAUGAUAAGGAGGGUUCCAGUGAGAGGACCACACCCAUUUCAGCAGAAGCUCCAGAGGCUGAUUCCCAUUAUGAACAACCUGCUGUCAUAUCAACAAACCCAGCCCUGCAGUGCUUGGACCAGCUUUUCUCUGUUGGCAAGAUCAGUGGAGCGAAAGUGGCUCAUCUUAGGGCCAGUUUCAGCCUCUUGCAUCAAACUCUAAAAAGUUCUCAGGAGUCAGAAAUGCAUCUGCUGCAGGAGGCGAAAGCCUUCCGCAGUAAGCUGGAGCAGCAGAGACAGGAGCUAGAGAAGGCAGAGUUGUUUCCUGAGGUACCAGACACAGAGGUUAGCUGCAUGAAACAGAAUCUUCUGCACACCUACAACCAGCUAAAGGAGGCUGAAGAGAGAGAUUACAACAUGCAGUUCCAGCUUGAGUGUCUCAAAGAGGAAAAGCUUUGUCUUGAGAAAGAGUAUCAGGAGCAGCCUAAACCGGCCGAGCUGGAAGGGAGGUACAUGGCCCUGAACGAGAGCUGUGAGGAGUUAAGGAAAGAGGUGGUCCAGCUCAGGCAGGAGGUGAGGACUUUAUCUGAGAGCAUGGAGCCUCAACAGAAACAUAUGGAGAAAGAACAAUGUGAACUGGAUGAGCUAAAAUACCUUGUUGAGAACAAUGAGGCUGAGCUGGCUCAGAUGCUCCUUAUACCUGUUCAACUAGGAAAGGAGAUCGACAGGGUCACCCACAGGAAAACGGAGCAAGAGAAGCAGGUGGCAGUAUUAGAGACACAACGUAUGGAACACAUGAAGGACCUGCAAAGGAUGGAGGCAAAGUCCAAAGAGGUCAUGGAUGCCAAAAUGGAGGUGGCCAGAGAAAUAGAAAGCCACAGGUCUCAGCUGGUGGCUGCACAGACAGAGCACGAUAGACUUCUCAAAGAGCUGCAAAUGACAAAGGAAAAAGAGGCCAUCCUUAUGGACCAAAGGGGUCUGUUGGACAUUAACCUGGAGCAGAUUGUGUCUGAGUGCAAGUCUCUGUAUGAUAAACUGGGACGGGAUACCAGGGUGAAAGACAAACUUAUGCGAUCCCUAAAGUGGAAUGAGCUACAGCUGAAUCAGGCCAGAGACGCUCUCGCUCACACUCAACAGCUGCAUGACAGAGCCCAGGCUCAGAGGGAUUUAGUCCCUGAAGGUGACUGCCUAUUGCAGAGAAGAAUGGAUCUGGAAAAAGAAGUGGAGAACCUAAAACACAGUUUGAUUAGCAAGCAGUCUAUGGCAGGGCUGAAGGUCCAGCUGGCUGAAGAGUAUUUGGAGCAGGAACAGGCUCUGAUUAGGGAGUCGCAUCACCGUAGGGACGAGCUUCAUCACCUUCAUCGUCUCAUUCUCAUCAAAGCAGACGAAAGAGAGCAGAAGAGCCACGAGGUGCUCAAAGCACAGCUAAAAUAUAAGCGUGCCAAGCAUGAUCUACAGGGGAAAGGACUGGUUAUUCAGGAACACAAGAAACAGCAUCAAGAGACUCAGUUAAGGCUGAGUGUGUUGGCUAAGCUGUAUGAAGUUACCAAAGGCGAGCGGAACAAGUACAUGACCCAUAACCACAUCUCAAACCAGAACCUGGCUGAGGCAAAAGAGAUGCUGACUAAACUGCAGGAAGAUCUUAAGCUGCUGCAAUCAACUGCUAUCAACAAAGACAAGCUGCUGCAGAAGUCUCGUCUGCAACACUCUUACAGCUACAAGCUCAGAGAUCGAUUGAAGAAUGACAUCUCAAAGGUGUUCCAGGUUUUGCAGGAAAUGCAUCAGAAACGAGAGGAGCAGAAGCUGAAUAUCGGCAAGCUCACGCACACAAUCAACAUGCAGGAGCAAAACUUGUUGCAUUUGCGCAAGAGCUACGAGGCCGCUGUUCAGGGACGCAAUGAAAGGGGUGUGCAGCUUCUGGAAAGAGAGCAGGAGUUGUGUAUUUUUUACAAUAAGCUAAAUACAUUGGAGGGUCUGUUACGACAUGGCAACAUGAUGAUGCAGAACAUGGAGGAUGACAUCAACAGCCUGAUGAUUCACCAGAAAGAGCAGGAAAGACAGAUCAACCUGCACAGGAAACUGCUGCCCUGCAAACUGGCCCUUCAGGAAGAGAGCAUUCUACUACAGAUAAAGCUGUCUGAGAGUAAAGACAAAGUGAUAGAGCUAGAAAAGACUUUGGUCCAGGACAGAGAGGGUAAAAUAAGAAAGCUGAGUGGAGAAGAUCCGACUCCUGAGGAGCUCAUCAACAAGAUUGAACAGUUAGAGGUGCACCUGGUAGAUAAAGAGGCUCAGCUCUUGGAAAUGGAACUGGUGUAUGAGCAGGUUACACGCCUCUCGCAGCGUAUCCAAACCAAAGCUGAGAACGGUAAAGAAGACACGCUGCAUCUGGCCAUGAAAGUAAACGAGUUACAGGCCCAGAUCAGAGAACGCACUCGUAAAAUUAUGGCAGUGGUAGCGGAACUGUCCAUGCGGCAGGCGCAGUCUAUGACCCUGCAGAAUGAGAUGAAAGAAAGGGAACUACAGCUGGACCUGUGCCAUCAGCGUUUAGAGCAAGGCCUUCCUCCCUCAGACACCAUAGAGCAGGAGUGGCUGCGAUGUCUCCGAGAUCAGAACAGACGCCAGGCUGAUGCAGAGAAAAAAGCCAGGCUGGCAGAUGAAGAUGAGUGGAGCCAGCUUCCAAACGGUGUUUACACCACAGCUGAGCUUCGACCCAACGCUUACAUACCAGCUGAUGAUCCUUUGCCUGUGCCCAAACACUAUGGAGCCCUGGCCCCCUUCAAACCCACCGAACCUGGUGCAAAUAUUCGCCACAUCCGCAAACCAAAGCCCAAACCUAUUGAGAUCUAGAGAUGCAGAGCUCUUUCUCAUCAUUCCAUUGAAGUUCUUGCUGUUAGGAUGCAGGAAUUCAGAGAGAUUCCUUAAAAUGUGCCAGAGCUGUCAAGCGGGAGAGAAGUUACACAUAAUGCUAUGCCCUCUGGAGCCAUGCAAAGCCUGAAGGAUAAUGAGAAUAAACAACAAAGUAAAAUAAAAACCAUUUAAUGUUCAACUCUCUCGUUUCCGUACCAAUGCUUACCGUCCUGUCUAAUGCUGCCGACCACUGAUCUAGAUACAGCUGUAGCUAAAUAAUGAACUUCAUUAAUUAAGUGCUUUUCAUUCAGUAUGUGUAGUAGCUCAAAGUGCUUUACAAAGAAAUAAACUUUUAAAAACAGCUGCAACAUGUAUUGUACUGCAUAACAGGCUCACCACUAUAAUCGCAAACAUACAGAGGCAGCAACUUAAUAUAAUCAUUUCAAGAAAUGCCUAUUGAAAAGAAUCUUCUCAUUUACAGAACACAACAUGAGUAUAAAGAAUUUGUAUUUCUUGUUUAUUAUAAAUAUUUACAAAUGUACCCAGUUAACUCCAUCUGACAUCUGCUACAAAAAUCCCUUUGUUGGUGCUCUUCCAUGGAAUGGCAUCUCUGUGUUUAAGAAAGAUCAGCCAGUGCAUAAUUUCAGCCAUAUGUAUUGGCAUAUAUAACAAUUGAAGUCAUCUUCAUCUGGGAGCCAACAUUUUAAAGAAUGGAGUUACAGUCAGGAAAUAAUCUUUGGUCCUCGGCAUGAUUUUGGCCAUCAGUUUUUAGUACAGUAUAAUGUCCCUGACAUUGAAGUUUCAGUGCAUUAUUAUGUCACCUAUACACACACAAUGAAUUAA